CAGGGGCUGUGGAGGCAGCAGAGCCAGGCUGCACCGGCGCCAGCGACAAGGGUCCAAGUGUCUGAACCCAGAUCUGCCAGUGGGUUGGAGCCCGGAUCCCGGUCCUGACCGCGUCUGUGUGCGAGUGGGUUGCCAUCUCUCUGUUCCUGGUUGCCCAAGACCCCGUGGGACGCGAUGACCCUGAAUGGCAACGGCAGCGCAGCGGGUGGGAGCCGCGGCGCGGGCCGGGAGCGCGAGCGCCGUCGGGGCAGCACCCCCUGGGGCCCCGCGCCCCCGCUGCACCGCCGGAGCAUGCCGGUGGACGAGCGCGACCUGCAGGCGGCGCUCACGCCCGGCGCCCUGGCAGCCGCUGCGGCCGGAAAGGAGACCCAGGCUCCCAGGCCCGACUGGCCCGAGGGCGGCUCCUCCGACUCGCUCAGUUCGGGAGGCAGCGGCUCGGACGAGAGCGUCUACAAGGUGCUGCUGCUGGGAGCGCCCGGCGUGGGCAAGAGCGCUCUGGCACGCAUCUUCGGUGGCGUGGAAGAUGGGUCCGAAGCAGAAGCGGCAGGGCACACGUAUGAUCGGUCCAUCACAGUGGAUGGAGAAGAAGCAUCACUCAUGGUCUAUGACAUUUGGGAGCAGGAUGGGGCCCGCUGGCUGCCUGGUCACUGCAUGGCUAUGGGAGAUGCAUAUGUCAUUGUGUACUCAAUAACGGACAAGGGCAGCUUUGAGAAGGCCUCAGAACUUCGAGUCCAGCUGCGUCGGGCACGGCAAACAGACAAUGUGCCCAUCAUUCUUGUGGGCAACAAGAGUGACCUGGUGCGCUCUCGUGAGGUCUCCGUGGACGAGGGCCGGGCCUGUGCUGUUGUCUUUGACUGCAAGUUCAUAGAAACAUCAGCAGCGCUUCAUCACAACGUCCAGGCACUGUUUGAGGGUGUCGUGCGCCAGAUACGCCUGCGCAGGGACAGCAAAGAGGACAAUGCACGACGGCAAGCUGGUACCCGGCGACGAGAGAGCCUUGGCAAGAAGGCGAAGCGCUUCCUGGGCCGCAUUGUAGCACGCAACAGCCGCAAAAUGGCCUUCCGUGCCAAAUCCAAGUCCUGCCAUGACCUCUCAGUUCUCUAAGGUCCCAUGUGGGCAGACCAUGGACGGGCUGAUGGACUGGCCCAGCCAAGUGCCCUAGGUGCCUCAGGGCUGGCCUACCUUCUGUGCUCCUCAGAGCUGCCAGCUGGGUGCAGCCCACGUCAUGGUCAUGGACAGACUGAUAGUGUUGCCCCGAGAGGCAGCUCCCAGUGGCUGAUGAGGGCUGGCUCUACAGAGCUGCAUGUGCAGGCCCACGUGCAUGCCAAGCAGUAGCCCAAGCCAGCCGGUGAUUGGGACUCUACCUUUCUUCACCUGGGUGUAUGUGCCCUGGAGGGAGGCUGUUCAGUAUGGUUGCUAUUUGUUUAUAUGCUGAUUUUUGUAAUAAAGACUAUUUCCUGACAAA